UUUUGCUGCGGUGGAGAAGAGCCACACACCAAGGACCAUCUCAAUUUCACACGGAGUGGAGUCAACUUAAAUACAUAUUCAUCGUAUUAUCCAAAUUCAAUUUUUAAUAACUUCGACAAUUCAAAUUUUUCUGUGUGUGAGCUGCACCUUCAGUGAUCAUUCCAUUAUUUUACCAUUCUAAUUUAGCUGUGCCAAAUGAAUCAGAAGAAUGGCAAUGAUGAAGAAAGUUUAAAUUGAAAUACAUCAACACACACCAAGAUUAUCUCUAACCAUUUACUCAAUCAGUUGUUAGUGGUUGAGUGUACAUGUCAUAGGUAUUGCAUGGACCAACAUUAUUUUUGUCACAAAAAAAAGAUAACACCAAAAUGGAUCCCUUGUUCACCACGACUGAUUUGCCAUUGCUAAGCAAUUGGACCAACGCUUCAGGGCUCAAUGGAACUGAUCUAGACGGAAACCAGUUUGUUCAACCAGUUUGGAGAAUUGUUCUAUGGGCUUUCGCCUACAGUUGCAUGGUUACUGUGUCUCUGGUGGGGAACGUCGUAGUAAUAUGGAUCAUUAUGGCGCAUAAACGAAUGAGAACUGUGACCAACUAUUUUCUGUUGAACCUGGCGUUUGCAGAGGCGUCUAUGUCAGCCUUCAACACCGUUAUCAACUUCGUCUAUUCCGUCCACAAUGAGUGGUACUUCGGGCUGAUGUACUGCCGCUUUCACAACUUCUUCCCCGUCGCUGCUGUCUUCGCUAGUAUCUACUCUAUGACUGCGAUAGCGGUGGACAGGUACAUGGCCAUCAUCCACCCCUUGCAGCAGCGUAUGUCGUCCACAGAGACCAAGGUGAUCGUGGGAGUGAUCUGGGUGCUGGCUCUGCUCCUGGCCUUCCCUCAGUACUACUACUCAGUGACAGAAGAGCUGCCUGGACGAAUCAUCUGCUACAUCGAGUGGCCCGAAUACUCUGGCUUCGACUACAGAAUUAUGUACUACAUGUGCGUGACAGUGCUGAUCUACUUCCUGCCUCUACUGGUGAUGGGCUGUGCCUAUCUGGUGGUGGGCCUCACUCUCUGGGCCAGUAACAUACCUGGAGACUCCUCUGACCGCUACAAAGAGCAGCUCACUGCCAAACGCAAGGUGGUGAAGAUGAUGAUCGUGGUGGUGUGCACGUUUGCUAUCUGCUGGCUGCCCUACCACGUGUACUUCCUGCUCCAUCUGUUCUUCCCCCUCCUGUUUGAGACGCUCUACAUCCAACAAGUCUACCUGGCUGUCAUGUGGCUGGCCAUGAGCUCCACCAUGUACAACCCAAUCAUCUACUGCUGUCUCAACGACAGGUUCCGAGCUGGCUUCAAGCAGGCGUUCCGAUGCUGUCCCUGUGUUCCCGCUGGCUCUUACGAGGGUCUGGAGCUCAAGUCCACACGUUACCUACAGACCCAGACCAGCAUGUAUAAGACCAGUCGCAUGGAGACCGCUGUGUCCGCAGUGCCGCACGUGGUCGACGACUUGGAGCCUCCCAGGUUCGGGGCCCUAUCUGGGGCCGGGUGUGAGGUCGGGGCGCGGGGGGUUGGCGUAGGGGGCAUGGGGUUGUGUGCGGCGGCCCCCAGGCGCUCCUCUCUGGACCUGACUUCCAAUGGCUCUUCGUCCCGCAGCAUCUCCAAGACCGUUUCGGAGACCUCCAGCUUCUACAACAACCUGCCUGAGUAGGGAUGGGAGAGUAGAGUCAAGCACCGCUGAACACUCUCUCACAAUAUCUGCCAAUGGGGACCGUGUGCAUGUGUGUUUGUGUGUGUGUGGCCGUGAACGUGUUUGUGUGUGAGUGUACAUUUGAGUUGGUGUGUGGGUUCCGUCCAUGUAGGUGGAUGAUGUCCUUUCAUUGAAUGUUGGGCAUCAAGUCUACCGCCUGUGACUAAGGCUUGGUUUGGUUCCCCUUCAGAGGGCUUUCCAGUGUGCCCUGAUUCAAACUAAACAGGAGUCAGUAGACACUAAGGCCAUAAGGCAUACCUAGCCCACACUACCUGGUACCUGCUGUACACGAGUUAGCUGAGAACGUCACGAAACCGAUGCGCACGCUUCAAUGGGGCAGAAAGCCGUGUGUUGUUGGGAUUCUGGAUGGCCAGGUAGCUAGCAACAAUGACAAGUGGGGAAUCGUGAGUGGCUCGUUUCAGCUAGUUUUACCUUGUUUUUUGAGGUUUUUGACUGCUGUCACGUCUAUGCUAAAAUGGCUCAAAUUCGCCUGCUAGCUAACCAAGAAAUGUAAGGAUGUAUUUCAGUGACAACAUGUACUCAUUGUGCAACUAUUUAUGUUUUCAAUAAACAUUGGAGACAAAAUGUAGUUUACACGUUGUCAGAAAUUUAAACCAACCCUGUCUGUUUUGCCCCAUAGUUGCACACGUGUCGGUUUUGUUGCUAAACAGCCAACCCAUCUAUAGCCCGCAGAGCUAAAGGCUGGGUUCAAGACUGUGUCACAAGACUUGAUCGAUACAGAAAACAAGCUUAAUACAGGACCCAGCCCUAACUGAACCCUAGAACCUUUACACUGUCCUCAAAGCUUAAAUUAACAGAAUCUACCUAAAACUUACCUAGCAUAUUAUCAGUUGCUUCUAAUGCUCAUAUUACCACCAGUACUUCUGAAUGAUGCAUUAGUGUGUGAUUGCUGGGAGAACAGUCAGUUCUCAUGAACAUGUUUAUGAAAAGCUUGGUAUUCCGGUUGCAUAGCCUAAGACCCUGAAACGAAGCCCGGGGUUAACAAUAAUGUGGGAUAGACCUGAACAGAGUGCUAGUCAGCUGUGUACUUCGCAGGACAUCAGACAGAGGAGAAGUGUAGUGUGAUUACAUAAACAAAGAGAAACUGCACUGCGAGGCUUUUGUUAGUUCUUGUAACUAGCGAUGGGAACAUGGGUUUGGAUACUUAGCAUAAUGGCGCUGAGGGAGGGAGGAAGGUGGCGCUGAGGUAGGGAGGAAGGUGGCGCUGAGGGAGGGAGGAAGGGAGGCAGCUUUGAGGCAAUUCUCUCUGUAUAAAACCUCUGGGUCUCAGAUGGAACCCUAUUGCCUAGAUAGUGCAUUUUGACCAGAGGGUGCCCUUUGCCUUGCAACCAUCUGGAAACCUAGCGAGUACACUUAUGUAUGUAUGAUGUUCAGCACACACAUAAUCACACAUUCUCACACAGACCCAAAGACACCCACAGCUGUUCACACACAUGUAUUUAAAUUCCUGAAUUUUACGUUUGUAUUAACAUUUUACAUUUUAGAUCAAUAUUUUUGCAUUUGUAAUGCCUUAUUGAAUAAUUGAAUUCAUCAAUUCAAAUUCUAUUAGAGAUUUGAAACGGAAUUGAAUGAAUAUUGCAUUAAGUUUUCAAAUUAAAUUUCAAUUUAGUUCCAUAUUCUAUAUUUAUAUUCAGUGUCAAUAUGGUAGAUACAGUACUGCAUUCAUCCUUUACAUUAACUUCCUGAACAUAUGCCUAUGUGGGCUAACACAGUCUUCUGUCAUGCAUGUUCCGGAGAGUAUUAGCUUUCAGAAAUGGGCUAAGCUUAUUGCCCAAACGAUUAAAACCCUAGAGCCAAAUUUCUAGGAAGACAAUAAAUUCAACAUACCACAAUGGCUUCAGAAACCAACAGAAUCUGCUCCUUUGAUACCGCUAGCUUCUGUUCACCACAGAGAGAGUUUGAUUUUAUCGGUCCUCCUCUACCUUUCCUGGUUGGCAAAGUACCAGGAUGUUGUUUUGAAUCUGAAUCUGGGUAGUACUGAAUUCAAAAACGUAAAUCAUUAGAGGUGUAGAAUAUCUUCCUAUCCCGUUGUAAUUAGAUACCUAAUCUUUCUGCCUUGCCACUCCUAUGUUACUGUGUCUGGUAGACUUCUAAGAUUCAUUCAGAUUUAAUGGUGUGUGUGUGUGUGUGUGUGAGAGAGAGAGAGAGACACACGUCUCAGUGGAUACAGUCUGUAAGGAAGAGGACAGGAUUCACUCAGACAUUGCAUUUCUCCUCAAGAAACACGCCUUGCAACUGAUUCAUUUAACAUGGGGAACCAGAUAGCCUAUUUUUCUCUCCAAACAAACCCUCUCAGGCAGACACUAGUUUAGCCAAAAAGGCAUCCCUCCUAAACCAAAAGGUCGGUAGCUCCCAUACAGUUGAACUGAAUACUGAAAACAAAAAUAGACCAAACACUCAAUGUCUAAAUUCAAUAGAAUGUUUUUAAUUUUCAGAUGGCAGGUUCAAGAGAAGAUUAUGCCAAAGAGAGGCAGCUGAAUGUGUACUCAACCUCAUUCAAAAAAUAUUUGUUAAUUGACUAUGUUGCAGGAUGUAUGGUUGCUUAUUUCAGAAAGCAGUGUUGGUUUUGAUCACUGCAGUGAUGGAGACAAUAGGCUGGCCUUGUUCCCGUGGGUUGGGAGAGAGCUGGCGCCAUGCUGUCUACUCAACUGGGUGAAUGUCCUCAUCAACGCCAUCUCUCUCCAAUCACACUAAUUACCCACAAGGGGAGAGAGACGGAAUGGAAUGAGACAGAACAGCUGUACACACACAUACAGAAAGAAGCACACACACAAAGACACAAAUGCACAUAGGCACAUACAGACACAUCCAUGCACACAAAUGCACACAAACAGACACACACACACACACACACACACACACACACACACACAAACACACACACACACACAGGGUAAAAAGAGCAGAUCUCUCCUUUGCCUUAAUGAUGUGAUGUGUUUUUCACUUACCUGUAUGUAUGAGCCUACCAUCUACAUGAUGGAUUCUGGCUGGUGCAACGCACCAUGAGGUGUGCUUAUCUCUGCUACAGUGAUCUGAGUGGCUACUGCUUUGAUGCGUUUAGAUCAAGAGAAUCUGCCAGGACUGAAUGGGAUGGGUGGGAGCCGAGCAGCAUCAGUUCCAGUUUUUCGUCACUGGUCAUUUGGACAUAUCAGGAUUGGGCAAAGACAGAGAGCUUGCUUUUGCGAGGGUGGAGACUGUUUUUGCCGGAUCUCUCCAUUUCGAACACGUACGAACACAGAAGUUUAUAAAGCAGCUGACCAAAUCACGUGAGAUUUUACUUCUGGGUUAGCAAAGAUUACAGCAGUACUGCUGGACAGCAGCUCACACACUGCUUGUAGUUUACCACAGUCACAGUUGCGCCCCAAAUGGCACCCUAUUCCCUAUAUAGUGCAUUUCUUUUGUCCAGGGCUCAUAGGGAAUAGGGUGCCACACACAAUGCUCUCUGAUACAGUGCUGAAGGAUCAGUUAAUCUCUUGUGUGGACCUCCUUGUACAUAGUACAGUUAUGUUUGGUUGGUUCUCUGUAUAACUUUGUUGUUUCUUUGAAAUGUCAUUGUUAAGCAUACCAGAUGAACUCAUACUGCAGGGGUCGGCAACAGGUGAGCCACGGGCCAAAACCUGUCCACAAGUGAUUUCCCCCCACAAUUAAGAUAUGAAAUGAAUGCUAUUUUCAAAUACAACCUCUUUUGGGGCUUAGUUGUGGUCAAUUUGCAGAAUACAGAUUAUUAUUAUUAGGUUCCGGCCCUCCAACCAUACGCUUCGGCAAAAAUUGUCCCACGGCUGAAUCUAGUUGCCUACCCCUGCCAUGCUGCAACGUUACAAACACUUACUCAUUUACUGCUACUCCAUAUGGCUUGGCUUGUGUGGUCUGUGUUGGUCUCUGUUGUACAUUUUGUUUUGAAUACAUCUGUCACGCUAAACAGCACAUGAAAGCAAUUGAACAUAUCCAACUAUUGCAGCUGAUGUGGUUUACAAGCAGCUGGAGGGAGAAAUGCUGCAACUUGGUCUCAGAGCAUUUCGUAUUAUUCUAUACGAGACACUCCAUUUAGCAUAAUAUGUUACGUAUGUAUGUUCGUAUGUAUGUAUUAAUUUGUGGACUUCCAUUAUCCAUUUCGUGUGAUAUGUUAUGAAUUACAAUUGUUACAAGUUACCCAUUGCAAUUCAUACAAUAUAUUAAGAAUUUGUAAUAUGUAUGAUAUGUUACGAUUUCCAAUUUGUUGUGGCUAUCAUUAGCUAGGUGGCUAGGUGGCUAAUUCAAACAUUAGCUAGGUGGCUAAUGUUUGCUAGGCUAUGGGUGAGUGGUUAGGGUUAGGAGUUAGGUUAUAGGGUUACGGUUUAGGAGUUAGGUUAAAGGGUUAAGGUUAGGGUUAGGAGAAAGGUUAGCUAACAUGCUAAGUAGUUGAAAGGAUGUAGUUGCAAAGUUACUAAUUAGCUCAAAUGCUUACGUUGUCCAUGAUGAGAUUCGAAUACGCAACUUUUGGUUUGCUAGACAUUUGCGUUAUUUUUGCCUUAAGUAACCUUGAGUAACCUUAACCUUUUGUCUUAUGUAACCAUACCAGUGGAGUCUUGUGGGAGGAGCUAUAGGAGGACAGGCUGAUUGUAAUGACUGGAAUGGAAUUAAUGGAACGGUGUCAAACAUAUUGAAACAACAUGUUAAACUCCAUUUAAUUUAUACCAUUCCAGCCAUUGCAAUGAGCUCAUCCUCCUAUAGCCCAUCCCACCAGCCUCCACUGAACCAUACCAAACAUAUCAUACUAAUUUUAGUGUCCUGGAUUUACAUGCACUAUGUUACAUCUAGUCUGAGACCAGGAUGGGAGAAACGUAAGAUGAACCAUUGAACAAAACAACUUUGUUGUUUUUAUUGCACUGAUCUAUCAAAUGGACUUCACUUGUCCUGCUGCUGACUUGUCUGAGGCACUGUUGAACAUUUCUGAACACUGUCAGACAAUUACCCUGAAGGACUGAACUAUUAGCCCAGUAUGCAGCAUCCCUGGUGGAAGAUCUCUGUUUUCAACAGAGCAGCAUGUAUUACUGUCCAGUUUCCACAUUAUAUCCUCUACCUGACUGAGACCCCUGCAUUGGCCAUUAUCAGCAACUAUCCCAAACCACCUCUGUUACACCACUUACUCUCUCGGGUUAUGCUUUCAUAAGUGUUAUUAUGUGUUAUUUCAGACAUGUGUAUUUCAUAUGUAUUUGUUACUCUUGUUGAGAGAUUUACGUCGACAUUGUGAACGCACUUAUUGCAGUCGUGUCAAGAUAUUUAUUUUAGCAGGAUUCUUCAGGAUUCUUCAGUAAAGAAAAAUGUAAAAAGAGCAAAGGUAUUUACAGUGUUCGUAUUGCUUUACACUAAACCCACUAUCUCUGAUGUACAUAUUCAGGUGUUUUCUGGGGAUUCUUUAGCCUUUUAACACAUAGCUUUGUUGUUUGUUGUUUUCAUGCAAAUCUCAAUAUCGUGUUAAUGUUUUGAAUACGUUUGCUCAUAUUAUAGCUACUAUUUUAAUCUAACAUCAGUUUGUCGAGAAUAUUGUAGCCUAUAGUAUUUAGUAUGACUUCAAACAAAGAAUCUAAACAAUGUUUAAGUGUAGAAAAAGUUUACACUUAAACCCCCCCCCCCAAAUAAUGUUGGGGAAUUACUAAAACAACACAGACAACAAUAAUUCCUGACCUCCAGUAGAGACCUCACCACACAGAUAAAAGGAGAGAGGAGGGAGAGAAGAGGGAGAGAAGAGGGGGAGGAGAGGGAUCGGCGAGUGGAGAGUCCUGUGUCAGAGUAAGUGUGUUUGUGUUUGGACUGGACCUUUGUUUUUUGGUCUGUAAAAGGAGAGCAGAGGGCAGUCUGUGCGUAUUAAACACCAGUCCAACUGCACGGGUCUGGACAGAGUGCGUCUGUCCACGUUUCUGUAGACCUGCCAGAACAGCAGUGACUCACAGGCCAUGUAAUUUAUCCGUAAAUUGGGAUACGUUCCAUAUGGCAGCCAUAUGUGCCCUGGUCAAACGCAGAGCUCUAUAAAGGGAAUAGAGUGCAAAUCUCAGACAUGGGCUUGGCUUUCGGGAAGCAGUCUAUUUAAGAAUCAUCUGACUGUAACAAUCUAUCCUAUUUCAAGGAAAAUAUAAAAAUAUGACAUACCUGAAUGUUCCUGAUGAUACUUUUUACAGCAUUGUAAGGUGUUUCUGUGAGCAGUGUGUUGGUUGUAGAGCGAGCUAACCGCAGCCCGA